CACGUUUGCUCCACGUAAAGUUUUAGAGGGGGUGCGAAGUGUGCAGAAGGAGAGAAACAGAACAGGUCGAGGAUGUUUACUGGGGAACUGGGUGGAGGAGAGGGCAACUACAUCACUGGACAAAACUGGACCAGAAUCUGACAUCCAUAAAAAAGGUCACCAGGGCAUCCUCACAGUGGACUGGUCCUCUAAAUUGGAAGACACAAGUACACAGAAAUCUGCUUUCACCAGCUCUAAGGGCACAUCUGCACAACAGAAAGGAUUUCGAUAUGAACUUAUGAAGGAGCACCUCAUCAAAAGCAUAAGUGAGCAGGUACAUGCUGAGCUCACGGCUAAGCCUGCAGCCGCAGAACUCCACUCCGUCACCAGACGCGAUUACACAGCGGGGGGAUUCCAGUGGGUCCGACCAACCCCAUCCACAGAUCGUGACUACAAAACCGAUCAGGCCAUCACAUUUUGGCGGGAAAACUUUGACAAGAUUCAGGGUGUGACAGCGGUGAGGAACAGAGAUGCUCCUUUUAAGAAGAACGCCAGCUUCACCUGUCCAAUCACUGAGUGCUUGGACCCCAAUCCUGAGAACGAUCUUGAUACAGAAGAAAAGUAAAUUUGUACUAGUAGUAUGUUAGUACAAACAAUAUUCUCUCCACUCAGUAAAUAGCUGGUUUGUACGCACUCAAACCCCUUUUCUUUUCAUAUACAAAUGUUUGGAACCUUCAUAUAAAAUGGGAUCAUUAUGUGCAACAGGCCUUCGUUCUCACAUAACGAAAAGUCCAAAACCCGAACUGUCAAAGACCGUACUGUUCUUCUUGAUGUCUUCCAGUUAUUCCUAAUACCAUUCCAACAACACUUAUCAUUUGGCAAAUAAACCCAAUAAGCUCCAUUCCAAAUUGAGUGAAGCUUUAAACUAGGACUGCGCAGGCUGUGCUCGAACAGUGACAACAUUUAUUUAGGUUUUGUAGCCAGACACAAAGCAUCUGCCUUCCCGGCGUACACAGGAACCAGCGUUCCACCCUACCUGACGACACACCAAGUGUUGCGCUGUCUUCCUUUUCAACGCCGUGGCUUCCUUCCAGCACCGAUGCACUAACCUUUCAUGCUUUCAGCAGUGUAGCUAUGGCAACAAGUCAUUUUUAGACCAUGUUCAUGCAGAUUCACCCCCUCGUUUUUUUAUUUAUUUAUUUUAUAUUUUUUUUUGGGAAGUAUAUUCAUUCUGGUAGAAGCUUUAAUUAAUGUUAAAAAUGAAUAGUCACCAGGUGGAAGUUUAUAUGAAUAUAUAUUUUGACCAGCGAGUCUUUGCUGGUCGAUUCUGUAUUUGGAUGUCUGUGCUAGUGCAGGUACAGUUACAGGUACAGUGGAGCUUACUAGGAAUUUCAAGCAAUAUUAAACACAGGAUGGGAAAACGCUACGGCUUCUAAAAACAAA